CACUACGGAUCUCCUUAGUCAAGCUCCCCGCGCUAGUUGGCCCCAUCGCGCUGUCACGAUAGGACAGAAAAAAAGGGGAAAAGAAUUAAAAAUAAAACAAAACAAAUCCAAUCCCAACUGUGCGGAAACAAUCACACGCGGUUUUGUUUUUACAUCUCUAUUUGCAUUCCAAACUCUUCGAAGAAUGAGUAACUUGUUCGAAGAAAGGAAAAGUGGGGGAAGUUUUUCAUUUGGUGUUCUGUUUUCUACGUGAAAAAUUGGAUUGCGAAUUUUCUUCCUGAAAACAUUCUUGAGGCAGUUAUGUCAUUCGUGAAAAGCUGGAAGACAGUUUUUGGAAUUUGGUGGAGACCCGUUUUAGCACUUUUGAUCCCGUUGGCUCUGCUUCCUCUCAUCAUUCUACACGACAGCAAAGAAGCGAGAUGCGGGUACGUCGUGCUAUGGAUGGCGUUCUAUUUCAUGUUCGAACCUAUCCCUCUUGCUGUGACUGCUCUGUUGCCGGUCGCCACCUUUCCAGUGCUUGGCAUCCUCUCCACAACAGAAGCGUGCACGCCGUACAUGAAAGACACUAUCAUGAUGUACGUUGGAAGCCUGACGCUCGCCGUGGCCGUAGAGCAUUGCGAUCUGCACAAAAGGAUAGCGCUGCGAGUGUUGCUCGUCAUAGGCACGGGGGCGAGAUGGCUGAUGCUGGGCUUCAUGAUGACGACCAUGUUCCUAUCGAUGUGGAUAAGCAACACGGCCACCACCGCCAUGAUGGUGCCCAUCGUGGACGCAGUGCUGGACGAGCUCGAAAAGGAGGAGAAGAAGACGCUCAAGGGCGAUGGCUCGGGCAUCAGUAUGAUAACUAUACGUUCCAAUAUGUCUUCAUCUCUCUGGACUCCAGAAUCCGACAAGAACCACUAUAAAAUCAAUAAGCAACUAUCGAACAGCUCAGGGACGAAAAAAGACUACAGGCACCUUCGGGAUUCGCUUCUGCUCAGUAUAGCUUAUGCAGCCAAUUGUGGAGGAACCGGAACUGUGAUUGGAUCUGGACCUAAUUUGGUUUUCAAAGGCUUAGUUGAGGAACUGUAUCCGGAAUCGAACGAGCUGACAUUUGCAUCGUGGCUUAUCUACAACGCCCCCGUCAUGGUCAUCUGCGUGUUUUUGUGCUGGAUUGGACUGCAGUUUUUUUAUCAGCCUUGCUGCCCAAAAGAAGACAGUACUACUGAAUCAGCGGCGAGAAAUGCUGUUCUUAAAAGCUACCAGGAACUUGGAUCUAUCACAUUUCAUGAGGCUGCUGUCGCAUUUUUAUUUCUGCUGGUGGUGCUGCUGUGGUUUUUGAGAGAUCCUCAGUUUGUUGAUGGUUGGUCGACAUUCAUGACAAAUGGAAAGAGCAUAAAAGACGCCACCCCUGCGAUAGCUGUGUGUAUACUGCUUUUCAUCAUUCCAUCCAAGCCCUCCUUCACCGAGCACAGCCCACCACUCCUUAACUGGCGCACCGCCCAGAGGAAAAUACCCUGGGGAGUGCUUCUCUUGCUCGGUAGUGGGUUCGUAGUGGCAGAUGCUGCCAAGAAAUCUCACCUGUCCGUAUGGCUGAGUUCUCAGCUGUCUUAUCUUAAUUUCCUCUCCCCCGCGGUCAUCUGCAUCAUCUUGACCUUCAUGGCCUCCAUCCUCACAGAAGUCAUCAGCAACAUGUCCAUGGCCACCAUCAUGCUUCCGGUUGUCAGCGAAAUGGCGGAAGCUGUCAAAGUGCACCCGUUUUUUCUGAUGCUUCCGGUUACGAUUGGAUGCUCCUUUGCGAUGAUUUUACCCGUCGGAAAUCCAUCCAAUGCCAUUGUUUUCGAUGCCAGUAAUAUGAAAACAUUUGACAUGAUGAAACCUGGUGUCAUUUUGAAAAUUCUGUGUUGCAUAGUGGAACUUUUUAUGAUACAGACUCUAGGAGUGGCUCUCUUCAAUUUACAUAGUUUCCCCGACUGGGCCAACAGGACUGAAAUUCUGACAAGUACUACCCACAGUAUUAACGGGACUUUCCUAGCCAAUGUGUCUUCUUCGGUCAAUACAACUAUUACCUCCAUACAGAACGGGUGACCGUUGGUCGAACAGUAUAAAAUUAUUUAUUCGAGAAUUAUGUGCUUCAAAUUGAAGAUAAGAGAUUUCCUGUUUAUACGGGUAUAGCAGGCCAAGUAUUUAACGUCUGUUGAAUUAUAUAAGAAUGUUUGGACAAUCAAGAACUUAUGCCCAGAACAAACAGGGGAAAAACACUUGCGGUAAAUCAAAUCAAGAGUGUACUAUACCUUCCAAGAAUUUUUUUAAUCAUUUCUGGCCAUUGAAAUUGAACAAACAAUCAAUCGACAAUUAUCGAAUCAAACCACCCAUUAAAUAUUUUUGUAACUUUUC